GGUAGGCCGUGCUUGGUGGUUGAUUUUUCGCCUCGUGGAAAAAUAUUGUACGUUAUAAUUGUAAUUUUGAAUCUGGGACGAGACAAGCGUUUUGUUGAAGUUGCAUAACUUCAUUAACCAGCACAGGCCAUUUUGAGGACACCGUUUUGUCGGAUUGGUUCUCGGGGGACCGUACGCACUUUUCAUUAAGCGGCACAGUGGAACGGUCGUCGUCCAGUGUUGACGACACAGCUCCCCGUCCCAACGAACAAAGGAACAGUAAGGUCGAUGCACGCUUGUUAGCGCCCGUAAAGCGAAAUAUUUUUUAUGAAAUAAUUUAACGUUAAACUCGGCCUAACGGCAUUUUUGUUACAGUAUUUUCACUUGAGACGCUUUUUCAUCAAAUAUAACUGAUCGAGUAGCCUGAGUCAUUCAGUCCUGUUAGCAACACCGGCUAAGGUUAGCCGCAAUUGUUGGCAACUAGCGAGCUAACUGCUAACUUUAGCAUUGUUUUGACUAAAGCCAGAAGUUUUCUUUUUGGGGAAAAUGGCCGAAGUGUAUAUCCGAGUGGCAGAGGAGGAAAACGAGGAACCCAUGGAGAUCCCGUCUGAGGACGACGGCACCGUUUUGCUUUCAACCGUGGCAGCUCAGUUUCCAGGGGCGUGUGGCCUACGAUUCAGGAGCCCCGUGUCUCAGUGCAUGCGAGGAGUGCGUCUUGUGGAAGGGGUACUGCACGCGCCAGAGAGCGGAUGGGGGAAUGUCGUGUUUGUGGUGAAUUAUCCAAAAGACAACAAAAGGAAAAUGGAGGAAAUUGAUGCAUCCUCUGCUGUGAAAAUGAAGAGAGGGGAUAUGAAGACAUCUGACCUAAUCGUUCUGGGUCUUCCCUGGAAAACAACUGAGCAGGACCUCAAAGACUACUUCAGCACAUUUGGAGAAGUCAUCAUGGUCCAGGUAAAACGAGAUGCCAAGACUGGAAAUUCUAAAGGAUUUGGCUUUGUGAGGUUUACAGAGUAUGAGGCUCAAGAGAAGGUGAUCUCCCAGCGCCAUAUGAUUGACGGCCGAUGGUGUGACUGCAAGCUUCCAAACUCGAAGGUGAAUAUGCAAGGUCCAGAUGAGCCACUGAGGAGUCGAAAAGUGUUUGUAGGCCGUUGCACAGAAGACAUGACCACAGAUGACCUACGGCAGUUCUUUAUGCAGUAUGGUGAAGUCACAGAUGUCUUCAUCCCCAAGCCAUUCCGUGCUUUUGCUUUUGUCACAUUUGCAGAUGAUCAGGUUGCCCAGUCUCUCUGUGGAGAGGACCUAAUUAUCAAAGGCGUCAGCGUUCACAUCUCAAAUGCUGAGCCCAAACAUGGAAAUAGGCAGUUUGAUCGUACAGCACGGUUUGGAAAUGGUUUUGGAGCUCAAGCAUUUGGUAGCAGCCGUAGUGGGUUAGGGAGCAGCACUAACAGUAGUCUGGCGAAUUUUGGUUCCUUCAGUCUGAACCCUGCUAUGAUGGCAGCUGCACAGGCUGCUCUGCAGAGUAGUUGGGGGAUGAUGGGUAUGCUGGCUAGCCAGCAGCAGACAUCCACCUCAGGUAGCACCUCCAGUGGGACAAGCUCUAGUAGGGACCAGAGUCAGUCUUUCAGUACAGGCAACAGCAACUACGGCACCAGCUCAGCCAGUCUUGGCUGGGGAACAGGUUCAAACUCUACAACCAGUGGUAGUGGGUUUAGUUCAGGUUUUGGGUCCAGUAUGGAGUCAAAGUCAUCUGGGUGGGGUAUGUAAGUUAAAUGUGUGUAUGGUAAGUAUUGUGACAAUGAUGAGUCUUUUUGAAAAUUUAUUUCUGGUGUUGAUGCGUAUCUGACAACUUAACACUUUUGUGGAAGAUGUUUUGUAAAUUUGGAAAAAUGCUAAAGAUUUAAUUUAGAAAGUGCUGAAGUGAAUUGUUUAUCAGGAUGUCUGACUAAAGUGCUAUUUUUGAUGUCUCAUUUGUUUGUAUCCAUUUCAACUGGAUUCUCUAAUGCAUGUAUUGUGAAAUGUGAUAUAACCAUUUUGAAAAUGCAUGAAUGUUUGUGGUUCAUCAUUAUCCGGCUUUGUCAUCGAUUUAAAAGGCAAUCUUGCAUUGGGAAGAAUCUGGUUGAAACGUAAAUGUUUUAAGUGCAACUUUAUUUGCAGUCAAGUUCUGUGGAAAAGCCUUCAUUGAAAUCUCUUCUGCAGUUCACCUCUCUUCCAUUUUCCUGUGAGGAAGCUCCUCUUUGGCAGCAUUCUUGGGGUGAUAUCGGUAUCAUUCUCCCUCUUCCCACCUGUAAAUGCUAUGCCAUCAAAGAACGGCUUCACUCCGCAUGUUCUAAGAGACGGGACCUUGGGCUCUGCUGGUCGAGGUCUCCGUUUGAACCCUGACUGAAGUCUGUACUGAAGGACGAAGACGGAAGUUCCAACACUUUCAGUGUGUGGCCUUCUCAGACAUGACAUGGGGUAGUACCUGUCUUUUUGCUGCUUUUGAUGGCUUGUCAGAACAGGUUUUGUUUACAUUGUCAGAAAUGCGUCAAUUUAGUUAUGUUUAAAACAGGUUAUAGGGGGUAGUGUACUGGAUAUAUUAAGAUGUUUCAAAUUUUGCUGUCCCUAUUUACAUACAGAAUGUAAAUAGGGAGGCAAAAUAUUCUAAACACCUGAAUAUAAUGCACUCCAGCACAGCUUAAACAUAAUUCACACUUAAGGGUAUUUGUAAUAGAUUGCACAGGUGUACCUAAUAAAGUGGUCACUGGGUAUACAUUAUGGAUGGUUUGCCUGACAGUCUUAACAGUUCAUUUGAGGUUUCUCCAAGUGCGAAACAUUUAGAUCACUGGUUACAUUUUGGAGAAACAUGGCAGGUAUAUCAUUUAGCACCAUUCUAAUAGUGGAGAGUUCUUGUAGUCUGUCACUCUAACAGUGCUUAAAAAAAAGAACCUACUUUCAAAUUAGUUGAUGCGUGAUCAUUUUAUGUUAAACAUCACAUUAACAUCAGCAGGCCCCAGGUCAGAUAAGUGGGGAGUUUUUUUUGCUCUCAAUCUGCAGAAAGUGCAUAAUACUGUCAUAAAUGAAAUACCUCAUGCUUGAAUUCUUGAAAGUGGUAAUGCAUAAUUCCCAUGAAAGAAUGAUUAUGGCACCUUUGAUGACACCCAACUCACUGUCAUGUAUUAGUCAGCCUUCAUGUUUAUUUGAAUGUUGCACACACGUGAGACACUGCAGGCCUGCCUGUGUCUUGUCCUUAUUCUCUGCUUUCCUCCUCAGUUUCUCUGCUCUUCCUCUUCCCAGUAUUCUUCUUUUUCAAAUCCCUCUGCUCCUGGUUCAGUUCUUCACUUUUAUUUUGUAUGUAGUUGGACUGAAAUAAAGGCAAAUUAAACAUU